AUGAGCGCGAACUCGAAGCGCGCGUCGCUGAUCGAGAUUUUGACGAAGCACGCGGUGGAUCUGCGUGACAUCGUCGCAUUUGGCUCUAUCUGCUCGGUCUACCGUGACCCAGGCAAGAACUCGCUCGCGCAGCGCGCUCAAAUGGGCGUGAUCAUCGGGCGAAGCGAAGAGACACAGGGAUCUCGCGUAUUCCUUCAGAAGGAGAAAAAGUUCGCGGUCGCGCAGCAUCUGCGAAACGUCAGACUCUUAGCGCAGAGCAUAAAUGUCAUCUGCUGCAUGCUCUCUAGUAAGAAACUCAAGCGGUGGAGCCAGAAGUGA